AUGUACAACAAAAAUAAACAAAAUGAUAGAUCCAUCCCAGUAUUAUUUAUAAGUUAUGGCUAUGUUCCUUUAUAUUAAAAUCAUAAACUAGCUCCAGAAUUUAUUUAAAAUUUGCAAAUGAUAGGUAGCUAUUUGAGAAAUUACUAUAAAAUCAACAAUAUUAUAGCUAUAUCUGCUCAUAAAUGUCUUAAGGGAACCUUCCUAGUUAGCUAAUCGGAUUAGCUGAAGAUAUCGCAUGACCAUCCAUUUGAAUUUUAUUAUGAUAUUGAAAAGAUUAUAAAGAGUAGUUCGUAAAUAUCAUCUCUAGUUAUUAACUUGUUAAGAGCUUAUUAAAUAGAUGCAUAACCAGAUUAAAGUGGAACAAUAGAUAGCAGCAUAUGGGGGCCUCUUUAAAUUAUGUUCCCUGAUCUUGAUUACCCAGUAGUUUCUAUUUCAGUUAAUAAAAAUUAUGAUCCAGAAACUCACUUGAAUAUUGGGAAAUUAUUGGAAGAAUAUAAAUCUAAGGGAUCUUUAAUAAUUUGUUUUGGAGGAAUUACACAGAAUAUUCACUAAUUUUAUGAAGCCUUAGUGGAUGAAAAAAAAGUUAAAGAACCAUUAGCUUACAAUUAGUUUGACGGUUGGUGUAAAAAAGUAAUAGAAACUAUGAAAGGAAAAGAUCGAUAAGCUAAAAUUAUGGAAUACUUUAAACAUCCACAUUUCAACAAAGUCCACCCUACUUAAGAACACUUUAUGCCUGUUUUAGUUGCAAUAGGGGCUUCUGGUUCUUGCCCUGGAAAAGCCUUUCAUUAAUAAAUGUUUAAAAAGUGCAUGAGUCUAUCUAGCUAUAUUUUUGAAGAAGUUGUAUAUUCUUCAUGA